AUUACGAGUUACUUAUCAAUUGAUAAGUUUACAUUUUUUUAAGUACUCUAAAAUUAUUAUUUUUUUUUUGUAAAAUAUAACUUUUUACAAUGUGCCACUCUACCAGGUACAUACGCUAGAUGAAUUUUCAUUCAGAUUAGUCUUCCAUAAAAUAUAUCUCGUUACUUAUAAAUUUCACUAAAUCUAUUUACACACCUAUGUUUUGUUAACUAAUUGUAGACAAUGUACACGAAAAAUCCUGAAAUUAUAAAUGUUGACGGGAGUUCAUUAUCAGUAAAUAAUCGACUUGUUUGGAUACAUGGAAAAUCAAAUACUCCUAAGCAUCAUAAUACUUACAGUCAUAACAGAAAAAUAGAUAAUUUAUCUACAAAAUCAACUAAGUAUAAUAAGGAGACUACGGAUAAUUUAUUGCAAGCAAAAAAAACUUAUACAGUCAUUAACAUAACAUUCGAUGGAUUAUCGAAAGAAGAAAUACAAAUUAUUGAUCAACCACAGAAGAAAAUUAAUAGGAAGAUAAAUGAUUGUUAUUUGAAAAAAAAGAAAAAUAAUAAUGAUGAUUGUUCUUUGGCGCCAAAAGAUGAAAAAGAUUUUAUUUCUACAACUGAUCAACACACGAAAUUGUUAGACAACCCUUUAUUGACGGACUGUACAAAGAAUAUGAUUCAAAAGGAAAACGACAAUGAGUUUGACAUAGUUUUUUUAAAUAAUCAACAUCAGUUAGAAAUUCAAACAAUAAAUAUCUGAAGUUAAUACAAGGCGAUAUAAUCAAAUAAUCAAUGCAAUUUCAAAACAAUAAAUAAUAUAUAUAUUGUUAAUUCCUAGUAAAUAAUAUUAUAUAUUUUGUUGAUA